AUAUUUGCCCGGUUGUAUCAGGCGAAUUAGACAUUAUUUUUUAACAAGUUGCGCAGUGCUGGGUUAGAUACACCAGUGGUCUUUAUGAUGAUGACAUUUUUUUUUUUAAUCAUCUGUGAUUUCUAUUAGAUUUUUCCAAGUUGAAAUGGCUUUAGUAGUGCACCUGAAGACGGUCACGGAGCUUCGUGGGAAAGGGGACCGAAUCGCCAAAGUGACUUUUAGAGGUCUCUCCUUCUUCUCGCGGGUGUUGGAGAAUUGCGAGGAUGAUGCUCGAUUUGAGCAGGCGUUUCGAUGGCCAAUCGGGAGUCAAGUGGACGGCAAUGAGAUGCUGGAGAUCCAGGUGUUUAAUUACAGCAAAGUCUUCACUAACAAGUUGAUUGGUACUUUCCGAAUGGUUCUGCAGAAAGUGGUAGAGGAGGGUCACCUGGAGGUGUCUGACACUCUUACUGACGACAACAACACAGCCAUCCGGACAAGUAUUUCCAUAGAGAUCAAAUAUCAAACCAUGGAUGGGAGUGUGAAGGUGUGGAGUGAUGGGGAAUUCCUUGAAAUUCCUGAUGACUGUGAUGGAACCUUCCAGUUUGAGACAGACAGUCUGCUCUCUGGACGAAGCCAGAGCUCGGGAACCUCACCUGGACGAUCAUUCCAUGGUAUUCCCACAUUCCGCAAAGCUGGAAAAGGAGUGUUUUCAGCCAUGAAACUGGGCAAGGUACGCAGCUCAAAAGAGGACCACAAAAAAGGAGAUGAUCCUGCCAUUUUGGAUGCAGAAGAUCUGGAUCGAAAGGCAGUACGUCUGGGUGGUGGACUGGAUCCUGAUGCCAUCUCACUGGCCUCUGUUACUGCAGUAACCACUAAUGUCUCCAACAAAAGAUCAAAGCCUGACAUUAAGAUGGAGUCCAGCUCAGGACGUCCAGUGGAUUAUCAGAUCAGUGUUACUGUAAUUGAGGCCCGUCAGUUGAUUGGUUUGAACAUGGAUCCAGUGGUGUGUGUGGAAAUCGGAGAGGAGAAGAAGUACACAUCCAUGAAAGAGUCAACAAACUGCCCCUACUACAAUGAGUACUUUGUCUUCGACUUCCAUGUGCCUCCAGAUGUCAUGUUUGACAAAAUCUUGAAAAUUUCAGUGAUACAUUCUAAAAACAUUCUACGAAGUGGCACGCUGGUGGGCACCUUCAAACUAGAUGCUGGAACUGUUUAUUCACAACCUGAACAUCAGUUUCAUCACAAAUGGGCAAUGCUGUCUGACCCUGAUGACAUUACAGCUGGGUGCAAAGGUUAUGUUAAGUGUGACAUUGCAGUCGUAGGAAAAGGAGACAACAUCAAGACACCCCACAAGGCCAGUGAGACAGAUGAAGAUGACAUAGAUGGGAAUCUUUUAUUGCCAGAGGGUGUGCCAUCAGAGAGACAGUGGGCUCGUUUCUAUGUCAAGAUUUAUAGAGCUGAGGGGCUUCCUAAAAUGAACACCAGCAUCAUGGCCAACGUGAAGAAAGCUUUUAUUGGGGAGAACAGGGACCUAGUGGAUCCUUAUGUCCUGGUACAAUUUGCAGGGCAAAAGGGUAAAACCUCAGUUCAGAAGAGCAGCUAUGAGCCCAUCUGGAAUGAGCAAAUAGUGUUCACGGAGAUGUUCCCACCUUUGUGUAGGCGAUUAAAAGUUCAGAUCCGUGAUUCAGACAAGGUGAAUGAUGUUGCCAUAGGAACACAUUUCAUCGAUCUACGCAAGAUUGCGAAUGAUGGAGACAAAGGGUUCUUGCCCACUAUGGGUCCGGCCUGGGUGAAUAUGUAUGGUUCCACCCGCAACUACACCCUGAUGGAUGAGCACCAGGACCUGAAUGAGGGUCUAGGAGAGGGUGUCUCCUUCAGGGCCCGCCUCCUCAUUAGUAUCACUGUGGAAAUCUUAGACACCACCUCCGCAGAGAUAAUGAGCUCUACUGAGGUACAAAUGGAGCCAGUGUCCAACAUCUCAGAGAGUGCCACAGGGAGGAUGGAGGAGUUUUUUCUUUUCGGAACUUUUUUGGAGGCCACAAUGAUAGACCGGAAAAUUGGAGAUAAACCCACCAGCUUUGAGGUCACUAUUGGUAACUAUGGUAACCAGAUAGAUGGAGUGAGCAAGUCUACAUCUGCAAAAAAGAAGAAAGAGGGUGGAGGGGAGAAUGAGGAGGAGGAGGAGGAGGCUGAACUCAUCCACAACUCCAGUGAUGAAGAGGCAGAGGAUGAUGGAGAUUUGACAUCUGUGCCGUCCACCCCUCCUAUGAAACCAGUUAUCACUGACAGAAAUUACUUCCACUUGCCUUACUUUGAGAAGAAACCCUGUAUUUACAUCAAGAGCUGGUGGCAGGACCAAAGGAGACGGCUCUACAACUCCAAUAUCAUGGACAAGAUUGCAGAAAAACUGGAAGAAGGCCUAAAUGAUGUUCAAGAAAUCAUAAAAACAGAGAAAGCGUAUCCAGAGCGCAGACUUAGGGGUGUAUUAGAAGAACUCAGCUCAAGUUGCAGCCGAUUUGUUACACUAGCAAACAAAGAUCAGAAUCAAGCCGGAAGAACCAAACUGGAUAGGGAGAGGCUGAAGUCCUGUAUGAGAGAGAUGGAGAGCAUGGGUCAGCAAGCAAAGACUAUUCGCUCACAGGUGAAGAGAAACACAGUUCGAGACAAAAUCAAACUAGUGUUCAGUUUCCUUCAAAGGCUUCGUUUUCUGGCAGAUGAGCCCCAGCACAGCAUCCCUGAUGUGUUCAUAUGGAUGAUAAGCAACAACAAGCGAAUAGCAUAUGCCCGCAUACCCUCUAAAGACAUCCUUUACUCGAUUGUUGACGAAGAGAUGGGUAAAGACUGUGGGAAAGUGAAAGCUGUUUUUCUCAGGCUGCCUGGGAAGAAAGGCUUUGGGCCUGCUGGCUGGACAGUUCAGGCUAAACUGGAGAUGUAUUUGUGGUUGGGGUUGAACAAACAGAGGAAAGACUUCCUGAGCGGCCUGCCUUGUGGCUUUGAAGAAAAUAAAGCAGCAAAGGGAAUAGGCAUACAAGCAGUUCCUCCUAUCUGCCUCGUUUAUAACAUGAAGCAAGUCUUUCAGCUGAGGGCUCACAUGUAUCAGGCUCGAAGUCUGUUUGCUGCUGACAGUAGUGGUCUGUCAGACCCAUUUGCCAGAGUCUUCUUCUCCACCCACAGUCAGGUGACAGAGGUCCUUAGUGAGACUCUCUGCCCUACAUGGGAUCAGUUGCUUGUAUUUGAUAAUGUCGAACUCUAUGGUGAGGCCAGUGAACUCCGUGACGACCCUCCAAUUAUUGUCACUGAACUCUACGACCAGGACACUGUGGGAAAAGCUGAAUUCAUUGGGCGAACAUUUGCGAAGCCACUAACUAAGAUGGUUGAUGAACACUAUGGGCCCCCACGAUUUCCUCCGCAACUGGAGUACUAUCAGAUCUACAGAGGGAACUGUACUGCAGGAGAUCUGCUUGCUGCUUUUGAACUACUGCAGAUUGGUCCAGCAGGGCAGGCAGCUCUCCCUUCAAUUGAUGGCCCAACUGACUCUGACCGUGGGCCAAUUUUGCCUGUACCAUUGGGCAUACGACCGGUUCUGAGCAGAUAUCGCAUAGAGGUCCUGUUCUGGGGUUUGAGAGACCUUAAAAGAGUUAACCUGGCCCAGGUGGACAAACCUCGAGUGGACAUUGAGUGUGCAGGGAAAGGAGUUCAGUCAGCCCUCAUUCAGAACUAUAAGAAGAAUCCAAACUUCAGCACGUUAGUGAAGUGGUUUGAAGUGGAUCUGCCAGAGAAUGAGUUACUCCAUCCGCCACUGAAUAUUCGGGUGGUGGACUGCCGGGCAUUUGGACGCUAUACCUUGGUUGGGUCUCAUGCCGUUAACAGCCUUCGCAAGUUCCUCUACAGCCUCUCAGACAAGACUGUUAACAACUGGGCUCACGCAGCUAAACUGGCCAAUGGCUACACCAAUGGGACGUCUCAUUCCCGCCCCAAUUCCCACCCCAUUUCUCAUCCCUCAGGUGACAUUGUGGUCAAUAUGGACCUUGAACCUAACAUCAAGAAGAUCGACACAGUUGUCAAACUUGAUGCUACCACUGAUGCAGUUGUUAAUGUUGACUUGACUGAGGAUGAGAAAGACAAAAAGAAGAAGAAGAAAAAGAAAGGAGAUGAGGUGGAGGAAGAGGAGCUGGAUGAGAGCAUGUUGGAUUGGUGGUCCAAAUACUUUACCUCAAUAGAGACUAUGUUGGAGAAUCUCAGAGCCCAGGAGGCUGCUCUGGCAGAGGCAGAGGAAAGAGAAGAUUUGGAGAUAGCAGCAGAGAGUGCAGCUGAUGACUUUUCCAUGAAAGGCACCAAACCCAAAGAGAAGAGCAAAGACAAGAAGAGCUCCAAGGACAAGAAGAAGAACCUGGAUGGAACAGAGAAACGAACACCAAAACCAAAAGUGGAUGAACUCAUGGUGUAUAAUAAAGAGCUGGAAAGUGAGUAUGAUAACUUUGAAGACUGGCUUCACACCUUCAACCUGUAUAGAGGGAAGGCUGGAGAUGAUGAUGACUACCAUGUGGUUGAUAAUGACAGGAUUGUGGGCAGAUUCAAGGGCUCCCUUUGUAUGUAUAAGCUACCACUGUCUGAUGAGGUCACCAGGGAGGUGGGAUUGGAUCCUAACAUGGGCAUGUUCCAAAGUAUUCCUCACAAUGACCCCAUCAAUGUUCUCAUCAGGAUUUAUAUAGUUAGAGCCACCGACCUGCACCCUGCUGAUAUAAAUGGCAAAGCAGAUCCUUACAUAGUCAUCCGAUUGGGAAAGUCCGAGAUUAGGGAUAAAGAGAACUACAUUUCCAAGCAACUGAAUCCUGUCUUUGGCAAGUCAUUUGACAUAGAGGCCACAUUUCCCAUGGAGUCCAUGCUGACAGUGGCUGUAUAUGAUUGGGAUUUAGUUGGAACUGAUGAUCUGAUUGGUGAGACUAAGAUUGAUCUGGAGAACAGAUACUACAGCAAACACAGAGCCACAUGCGGCAUUGCAUCCAACUACUCUGUCCAUGGUUACAAUGUGUGGCGGGACCCUCAGAAGCCAACUCAGAUCCUGGCUAAGUUGUGCAAAGAAGGCAAAUUGGAUGGGCCUCAUUAUGGACCAGGUGGCAGAGUCAAAGUUGCAAACCGCAUAUUUCUUGGGCCAACAAAAAUUGAUGACGAAAGUGGUCUUAAGAAGCAGACAGAAGAACACUUGGCUCUUACUGUUCUCAGAUGCUGGGAGGAGACUCCACGUGUUGGUUGCAAACUCAUACCUGAGCAUGUGGAGACCAGGCCACUCCUCAACCCUGACAAGCCAGGCAUUGAGCAGGGAAGAAUUGAAAUGUGGGUGGACAUGUUUCCUAUGCAUGUACCUGCGCCAGGACCAGCCAUUGACAUAUCACCACGCAAACCAAAGAGAUAUGAGCUCAGGGUGAUAAUAUGGAAUACUGACGAGGUAAUUCUGGAAGACGAUGAUUACUUCACAGGGGAAAAGUCCAGUGACAUUUUUGUGAGGGGCUGGCUAAAAGGACAACAGGAGGAUAAGCAGGAUACAGAUGUGCAUUAUCACUCUCUGACUGGGGAGGGAAACUUUAACUGGCGCUUUGUCUUUCCCUUUGACUAUCUCAUGGCUGAGGAGAAGAUAGUCAUCUCCAAGAAGGAAUCCAUGUUUUCCUGGGACGAGACAGAGUACAAGAUUCCUGCUCGGCUCACCCUUCAAGUAUGGGAUGCCGACCACUUUUCUGCAGAUGACUUCCUGGGUGCAAUUGAGUUGGAUUUGAAUAAGUUUCCCCGUGGUGCAAAAACAGCCAAGCAGUGCUCUCUCAACAUGGUUCUGAAAGAGCAAGAGCUUCCUACCAUUUCCAUCUUCAAACAGAAGAGAGUGAAGGGCUGGUGGCCCUUUGUGGCCCGAGAUGAGAAUGAUGAAUUUGAGCUCACAGGAAAAGUGGAGGCAGAGCUUCAUCUAUUGACUGCAGAGGAGGCAGAAAAAAGUCCAGUCGGCCUCGGGCGGAAUGAUCCUGAGCCACUUGAGAAACCAAACCGGCCUGACACUACUUUCCUUUGGUUUUUGAGCCCGCUGAAGGCCAUCCGCUACCUGAUAUGCAACCGCUACAAGUGGCUCAUCAUCAAGAUCAUCUUGGCUAUGCUGCUGUUAAUCAUGGUUGGCCUAUUUCUCUACAGCAUGCCAGGCUAUCUGGUCAAGAAACUGCUGGGGGCCUAAAGAGGAGUAAAGUUGAUGAUGAUGAUUUACCUUUCUUCACUCAAGUGACCCAUUUUUAAUAUUUGUUUUUAUUUCUAACUAUUUAAAACACUGCUUUUAUUUUUUAAUGACACCUCAAGAGUUUUCCAUCUCUCACAGUUGCAUUAUAAGCAUAAAGAUCAAAUAACUCAAGACUUUUACAGAACUAAUUUGCAUGUCUUUCCCAGAACAACCUGCAGCUUAGAUCAGUGUAAAUUUCCAUGAUGGUACAGGCUGAUUUAUGCUCAUUGGGUGCUGGUCUAGCUAGUGGACCAGCAUAACUGCACUGUUCCCCAGCAAAAAAUGCUGGCCAACCUGCUGAAGCUGGUUAACCAAGUAACUCUUACUGGUUAAGCCUUUUGGGUACAACAGCAAACCAGCAUGCAAAACACAACACAACUUUAUGUUGAUCUUUUCAACAGGGAAGAUCAGUUAUCCUAUUUCUGUCAUUUGUUAUGUUUCUGUGCCAGACUGAUUGGUAAGAAUUAGAAAAAUAAAGCUCUAAAGUGACUCUUAUUGGUAUAAAUUAUUAAAUAAACUAGAAUAGUAAUUCCAGUAUUCAUUCUGGUGUUCAUAUGAAUGCAUUGCUUUAGAUACCUGGAUUAUUAUUGUUAUCGUCUAGUCUUGUAAAAGCAUAAUAAGCAUGCAACUUUGUCUUAAAAAGAUGACUUGUUCAUCAUUAGCUACAGUUUGAAAAAUACUAUGAUAGGACUGCAAGCUUUAUGUAAUUUCAUUCAACUUUGCCUUGAUGUUUGCACUUCCAAUUCAUGACACAAGUCUACUGCACUCAAUAAGAUAAUGUUUACCCUUUAGAGAAACACACAAAGACAAGUAAGGAAUAAUGAUUCAUUUGGCACUUAAAGUUUAAACAACAUUCUUUGUUUGGUUAGUUGAUUUUGCUUGCUGUGCAAAUGUACGUAGUUUUAUGUUUGCUUGAUAUUUACUGUUGCUCUAUUUAAUGAAUAGUACAUUUGACAAAGGACUUGUUUGCACUGAUUUUGGCUUGUUUAUAUAAAAA